AUGUUUUCCGACCCUGCGGCCGCCCUGCACUGGCCGCCUGACGUCGCCCACUACAACAUAGAGGCCCUCUUGUUCUCCUCGUCUGGAUGGCUCCGAACCGCCUGCGUCGUCUUGGCCCUGUUCUGGGUCGCCUUCCGCGCAUACCAAGUCCUCACCCAGCCCGUCGACAAGCUGAUCCACGUCCUCGGCCUCGAAGUCCCCGUCGCCCCCAUCGUCUCCCUCGCCGGCAUCAAGGCUGAUGGCGCCCUGCUGCACUGGAAGCCCCCCGACCAGCGCCCCUCGGUCCUCAAAUAUGUCAUUCGUAUCAACGGCAUAGACAUCGGCGAUAUCUCCCCUCAGGAGUCCUCCAUUACUAUUGAAAAUCUCCUACCCGACUGUCACUACACGAUCCGCAUCGUCACCCUCAACUCGUCCAGCUUCCAGGCCCCCAGUGUCCCCAUCCGCUUCCGUACCCUCCCCGCCGACUCGGACGACUACUACGCACCCCACCCACCCAAGGAUGCCGUGCCUCCUUCCGAUGACAAUGACUACACUCCGACCCCGAUUAUUCGCCCCAACAAAACCCUCGCAGAGGUCGUCACCGCCGUCGCUGCCCCUCCCAUGGCCCGCGAACACAGCAACAGCACCUCUCGCUUGCGCCGCCCAGAUGUCGGCAGGAGGGCCUCACCUGCGUCGCAAGACCAGCCUCGCAAUGCCCAAGAAUCAGAAGGUUCGGAUUCCAUUCGCCAAUUGACUGAAAAACUCGACGCCCUCCGACGCGAACUCGAUGACGUGGAGCGUCAGAUGCAGGAUGAGGACCAGGAAUUUGUCACCCAAAAGGCCAUUCUCGCCGACAAGCGCGAUGAAAAAAAGGCUGCGCUCAAGGAAAAAGAGGAUGCCAGUCGCGACUUGCGCAAGGAAGUGGCGAGUCUCGAGCGCCAGAACGCGACAGCCCAAGCCAAGCGCGCUCAUCAAGAAAAGAUUUUCCGCCAAAAAGAAGCAGAGAGAAAGAAGCUCAAGGACGACGUAGCCAAAUGGACUCGCGAAGCGGUCGAAUUCCGUGAAACUGCAGAGAAGACUAAACAAGAGCAGGCCGAGUAUGAAGCCGAGUCGGAAAAGCGCAUUCAAGAAAUCAAGGACAAAUACGCUGAAGAGACCCAGGCCAACAAGGUCUUGGAGGACGCCAUUCGCGAAAAGGGAAUCCACAUCAAGGCGCUCGAGGAGGAGAGAAAGAAGCUUGAGGCUGGCCAGGAGGGUGCAGAAGCGACAGACGGACCCGAUCACGCGGAGAAAGAAGAGGACAACCGGUGGAAAAUGACUCUUGGCUUGCUGCAACAGCAGUAUGCCCAGGCCUGGGCCCUGUAUGCAGAAGCAGAGAGAGCUCACCAAGAUGCUGUUAAUAGACUCGGGUACAUGCAGCAACGUCGUCUAAGUCAACCCCAGCUCUUCUCUGGACCAUCUGUUCCAGAUAUGGGACCAGGACCAGUGAGGAGGAACAGCCAACGGGCACGACCGCUAAGCAUGCGCGAGGGCCUACUUUCUGCUGCUACCGGAGGCUUUGUUCACACUUCCUCGGCCCCUUUCAACAGCAUUCCAACCACCGCGUCACCGUCAUUCGCAAAUCCAACUCCCUAUUUCAACCCAGUGAAUGGCAUGGCACUACCUCCGCGUACUUACAGCACAUCCUUCUCGCAAACCGAUAUGGAGAGCCUGACUGGAGGGGCCCCGAUGAGUCCCACAGCUGGUUCGCUGCUUCCAGCUGGUCUGUUUGGAGACGACUUGGGCUUGACAGAAGACGAAGACUACGACGAUCCGGGUCCACCACAAGCCCCUUCUCUCAACCCCUCGCCAAACAUGAGAAACGUUCUACCCGGCUUGGGCGCGCCUGGCACAAUGCACCACGCACAAAAUUCGAGCUUACCAGCCUCACCACGGACUCAGUCCCCCACUGGAUUUGCAAGUCCCAGAGAUAGCGCCGGCGACCUGCAAAUGCAGCCGAGCAACGACAACAAUAUGGAUAGCGACAGACGUUCCAUCAACUCAACCUCGAGCUCCUUCCAAACCAACCCUCAAGCCAGUCGUUUUGGCGGACUCUUUGGCCUCAAUCGAGCACGCGGCAAAACAUUCUCAGACGACGGCCCGGCCUUGGGAUCCCUCAAGCCAUCCCAAAGCCAAUCUCUGCCACGUCAGGAGCAUGGUUUGGAUGGCCUCGGCGCUCCACGUCGCCGUGGUAGCCUUACAGAAGGCUCGUGGUAUGAUGCAUUCAUACGCACCAAGACGCAACCCAUAGAGUCUUCGAGCAGUCCCAAGCACGUAGCUACUCGUAAACGCCCAUUUAAUAUGUUUGGUAGUGCCAAAGGAGACGAUCCAUGGCUUCGAUCUAUGCUCGGAAUGCAACAGAGGCCAGAGUCACCUCGCCAGGGGUCCACGAAUUCUGGAGAAGGCACGGCACUGCCACGACCUUCGACAGAAAGCCAGACGCGCUUUGGUUGGAAUGUGGAUGCGUUCGGUGCCAGGUCUAGCCCUCUCGGAGUCGACUGGAGUGUCAACAACACGAAUACUGCUUCGUGGUCCCGGUUAGGGUCUAGGCGGCCAUCAAUGCAACAUACAGCCAACGCCAACUUGAUCAAUGAGGACAUCAUGCACGACGAUGUCCUUGAUUUUCCUUCAAAUACGCGAUCACCUACACAGGCACCAAUUGGCACCCGACCGCAGUCGUCUGCGUCGCACAUGCCGGGACAAAUGUCGGCCUCGUCCUUACCACCUAUUCCGCCAACUCCACCCAAACAGCUCAACCCAGCGGCUGCUAGUUUCACCAUGUUCCAGUUGGGCAAGAAGACGGAGGAAGAUAGGGCCGAGAAGGCUAAACGUGCUGCAGAAAAGGCCGCUGAGAAGGAAGCCAAGAAAGCUGAAAAAGCUGAAAAGAAGGAAGAAAAGGAAAAGAAAGCCAAGGCAGACAAGGCAGAAAAGGCAUCUCGCAAAGACAAGCAUACGCCGUCCGAAGCUGGUGAUUCGCGAGAAGCAACCUCACCCUACCUUGACUCUCGCAUGUCCCGAGACACACCAUCCAUCUCCACUGCCGAUGCAUCGGAGUCAUCUCCACGCGAGUCAUUGGAACAUAGCAUUUCUUACGCGGCAUCAGACGCUGCAGGCUCCAUAGGCAAAGAGUCGUUUAUGCAGAAACUGACGCGCAAAGGCAGCACCAAUCAAUUUCUUACCUUUGGAAAGAAGAGCGGCCUCUUUUCCAAGAGCAAGGCUGGCGAUGUUCCCGGGACUCCAGACGAAGUCGAAGAGGAGGGCUCUGGCGGCUUUUUUGGGUUGGGCAAAAGCGCAGACAGCGUAGGAAAUAGCCCGAGCAUUGGUACUUCAAAAGACAAGGCGAGCAUGUGGGGCUCUAUUAAGCGUAUUGGCAAGAAGGACAAGACACCAAGCUUGCAUGAGAGCAUUGCAAGUGAGGCUACUGGUGACGAGGAGGACAUGGCUGAGGAGAAUAUCAAGGCAUAG